CUUUCUUCUUUCAUCGAUAAAAUUUUGAUUCACAUAUAAAGAUGUUUACGAUAAUGAAUUACUUAUAUUUUUUUGAUUUGGACUUGACCUAAUAUCUUCAGUUUUGAAACCCUAGUCUAUGUUUGUUGGUUGAUUUGUAGUUUCGUGCACACUCACGAGCGCCCACAUGACUAUGUUCGACUAAGUGCACGAGGUUGGUUGUCUGGCUUUAAGUUUAGAUGGCCCCACCAAAGAUAGUACCAUAGGUCUAGUGUUUGAGUGCUCAAGUGAUUUAGGGUAGUCAUUAUAUCAAGUUUUCCCUGGCUCGUUUGUUUCAUUGGUGCGUUGGGUUUAGCCAUAAAAGCAUUCUUUGUCGUUUUUGUCGAAUCGAAAUCAUUGCGACAAACACAUUUCUAUACUGCAUCCGUAGCUUCAGGGUUGGGGAUAAUCAGAAUUUGUGGGAGUUCGACAUAUGGCUACAUAAUGUUGUAUGUGACAACAUAUAUGUUCAUCGGGGAGGUUAAAAACUAACUGACAGCGACAUAACCUGCACUGCAGAAGAAAAGAUAUUUAAAUGUUUGUUUUGACGCAGGGAUUACAGCUGAGCUCCUUCCUGGGCUCACCAACAUGUAUGCGAAAUCCCCUCAAUGGCAAACAAAACAUUCCUCUUUGCCUACUCAUCAGACUCACAAAUGACAUAAUCCUGCAUGUUAUUCAUUCGAGCAUCUGAAACUCACACCGUUACUGCAGAUUUAUGAGUGAAUGGUCGUAGAUGGACUGGCCGUGCUAUGCUUACUAUGAACUGUCGGAACUGUUGAAUCAAACAUGCCAUGACUACUUCUCCUACUCUGCAUAGACCGAUCUGUCAAAUCAAUCACGCAAUGCCACGCCAUGCCAUGCCUACUUCUCCUUCUCUACAUAGAACGGGUCUAUCAAACCAGACAUGCAAUGGCAUGCCUACUACUCCAUGGAUCUUUAUUGGAUCAAUCACAUCUCAUUUGUUUCUCGACUUAACACUUUCUGUUUAAAUCACAAAACAUGCUCAGCAGUGGAUUCCGGUCUAUGAAUUUAAAAUUUUAUGCCAUCAGAAUGUUUUAUGUCAUCAUGCAAGGCCUCUCCAUUUUUUACAUCCUUAUGUUCACCGGCCUUCCCCUGUUUGCAGGGUUUGCGUUUGUUUAUUUUGUUGACGAGCGUGAUGCUAGAGAUGCAAUCCGUUACCUUGAUAACACACUGUUUGGCCACAGCAGACGCAGGCUCUCUGUAGAGUGGGCAAAGGGAGGGCGUGGUUCUCGCCUUCGUGAAGGGUCAAGGGUUAUGGCUAACCACAGGCCUACUAAGACGCUAUUUGUCAUUAACUUUGACCCCACUGAUACAAGGAUUCGAGAUAUUGAAAGGCAUUUUGAACCAUUUGGAAAAGUUUUACAUGUGAGGAUCCGAAGAAACUUUGCGUUUGUGCAGUUUGAGACUCAGGAACAGGCGACAAAAGCACUCGAAUGUACUCAUAUGAGCAAAAUCUUAGAUAGAGUGGUCUUGGUUGAAUAUGCUUUAAGGGACGAUGGUGAGCGAGAUGAUAGGCAUGACAGCCCUAGAAGAGGUUAUAGCCCACGUGGACAUUCCAGAAGUCCAGUUCUUCGUACCAGCCGCCCCAGUCCUGAUUAUGGACGAUCCAGAAGUCCAGUGCUUCAGAGGGGCCGACCCAGUCCUGAUUAUGGGCGUGCUCGUAGUCCAGUCUAUGAUAGAUACAGCGGGGCAUACUACAGGGACAGGAGCCCAGAUUAUGGUAGACAUCCAAGGCGCGGCCUGAGCCGCAGUCGAAGCCGCUCGCCAGUUCGCCGGUGAAGUUCUUGAAAAGGGAUUAUUUGCACAAUUGUCGGCGUUUCUCUUAUACAAUUCCUGCAGUUUAAAGUAGACGUUGCUCGAGUCUUACAGUAGGUAGUUCUAAUAGAAGGAAGGUACUGAAUAUGAAGAAGUCUGUUAACUUCAUCCAAGGUACUGACUAUGAAGAAGUCUGUUUACUUCAUCUGGUAAUAUAUAUGUAUAGGUUUAAGCUUUGUCGUAUUUUGUUAUUAUCUAUAUAGGGUGGAGAGAGAGAGCAGUAGUUCUUGGAACUCAUGACCUUUGUCUAGUUAGUUUGGUGGUUAUGUGGUUAAAUGGGCUGAUCAUACAGCCUUUGGAAUUUUUUAUUGCAUAAACUAGUAGUAGCGUUAUGAUCUAUGUGGUUAAAUGGGCUGAUCAUCUGAGAAAUGGAAUUAGUAUUAUAAUUAUUUUUUUUCCCGG